CCAUCACCACAGCUAGCUCAGAAAGGCCAUUUAAGGAUGAUGAAGGAUUGAAAAGACCAACAAGACCAAGACCGCCAUUUCCCACCUAACAAAAAGCUCUACAUUCCUUCCACCGCCGCCGUCAUGGGUACCGCCGAACAAGUGGUGGAGAGAGAAAGUGAGGAGCUUGAGCCCAGGGAGAGAGAUGAGAGACAAGAAGAGGAGGCGGAGAUGAGGAGAGAACAGGAACGGAAACAUGUUGUCGAGAAAACUGAGUUGGGUGAUAUUCAUAAUGACGAUCAUCAGCAGAGACAGAGAGAUGUUCAUAUGUCAAUGUUGCAGAGGCUUAAUCCUACAAAUCCCUUGAGAAUUGCUAUCAAUGCUAAGACCAGAAGCGCAGCUCCUCCUCCGCAUCGGUUCCAGCCGCCCCAUAAUGUCAGAGUCGGUUCUGCUACUCCUUCUCCUUCUCAGUUCUCUCAUCAGUCCCACCCAACUCCUCCUCCUCCUCCUCCUCCUCCGCAUUCUCAGCCUCGCUCUACUCCAAUCCCUCAACCAUCGAUUACGACAUUGAACUCAAGAGCCUACACCAACAAGAUAUCUUUGUUCCUUUUCCUUGUGCACAUGAUGGCCGCGAUUGGGCUGGUUGGGUUUCUUCUGUUCAAGGGAGUUCAGGGUCUGAUACAGGGUUCAGGCCGUGUUUCAAGAAAUGAGAAGAGGGUGUUACGGCAUUUUCUUCCCCAGGUUGAAGCUGCUUCUCUUAUGAGCAUUACUCUCGCAUUUGCGUGGCAAAAGGCGUUUAGGAAAUGGCCCAAGUUUAUGGUUCAUUUCAUUCUGUGGAAUACUUUUGUUAUGAGUUUAUCUGCUGGAAUUCUACUAAUUUGUUUCCAAAAGCCCACCACGACUGGUGUUGGAGUCUGUCUCAUUGGCUUUGCCAUAGGGAAUAGCUUGUAUGCUUGUUGGAUCACUCCGCGGAUAGGAUUUUGUAUCAAGAUUUUGAUCAAGUCGCUUGAUCCUGUAUCAAAGUUUCCUGAUUUGAAUCAACCCACUUACUGGAUGCUUGGGGUCGGAUUUUUGUGGAUGUCUCUAUGGAUUUUAGCAGUGAUUGGAUCCCUGAACUUCUACUUUACUCCAUUGGUGAUAAUAUUGUUGGUACUGAGCCUGGCUUGGACAGCUGAAGUAAUGAGGAAUGUAGUUAAUAUAACUGUGAGUAGGGUGAUUGCUCUUUAUUAUCUGAGGGGGAUGCAGUCCAAUACUCAGUUUUGUUUCCAGAGAGCCUUGAGUAAAAGUCUUGGAAGUGCUUGUUUUGGAUCUCUAUUUGUGCCAGCAAUCGAAGCACUGAGAAUUGUUGCUCGCGCUUUAAAUCUACUUGAGGGAGAGGAUGAGUUCAUGUUCUCUUGCGCUCAUUGCUGUCUCCAUGUCAUGCAGUCCAUCUUCCGAUAUGGCAAUGGCUGGGCCUUUGUUCAGAUAGCAGCAUAUGGAAAAGAUUUUGUGAGGGCAUCACAAGAGACUUGGGAGCUCUUUGAAAGGCAAGAAAUUGACGGCAUUGUGGAUUCCGACAUCACCAGCUCAAUCUGCUUCCUAACCGGCGUCUGCAGUGGCUCUAUGUGCGUCAUAGUUGUGGCUGCUUGGACCGCCAAAGUACACCAAAGCUUCAUGGCCACCGUUUCCCUGCUUGCAUUCUUCAUUGGAUACCUUAUGACUAGAAUAGCAAUGGCACUACCACAUGCCUGUGUAGGUUGUUACUACGUAUGCUACGCAGAGAAUCCGGACAACAGAUUAUUUGACGACACAAUGAAGGAUCGUCUUGCCCUGAUGAAAUCCGGUCGAGAUGUACUCGCCCCUACACCUCGAGUCCCCCACCGAUUUGCGGCAAGGUAAUAGACAGUGUGACUCUGGCAUUAACACCUUACGUCCCAAACUCUUCAGGAGGAGUGCAGAAGGUGCUGGGGGAGCUGCAUAAGACACUACCCACCCUCAUGCUUUGAUGACUCGAUUUUUGCAUCGACCUUCCUCUUGCAACAUUCAUCACAUAACAAUGUGACUCAAUGGGACAUACAAUCACCAUCUUUUGUUACUAUCGAUGGGACAUGAUGCAGUACAUGAGCUCCAAUAUGAAGCUACUUGAGAGAGAUGGUGACUGGUGAUGGAGAAAUUUGAAGGAUAGAGCUGAAGAAUUAUUGACUGUAGGUACUAUUGGGCGGAACGUGGAGAGCCCACUGAGAUUCCAAUGAACAAGGCCAAAAGCAACCGUCUUUUGAACAUGUCCUUUGCUUAAUUCAUACUUUUGGCAUAUCCCAUAUGCUACUAAGACCUACAAUUAUUCUUCUGUAAUUAUUCAUUUUUUUAUUCAAUGCUAAUCCCAUCUUGCACAUAGA